CUCCUUGGGCAACCUGUUCCAGUGCCUCACCACCCUCUGGGUGAAGAUUCAUGGGAAGACUGCACAGGAAUCAUUGUGAUGCUCCUGUACAAAAAGACCAAAUUGCAACAUCCCUCUGUAGGCCUAAACUUUUUUCUUAUAGCAUCUGAAUAAAUGUGUACAUCUGCAACCAAUCAUAGAGUCAGAGAAUAUCCCACGUUGGAAGGAACUCACACGGAUUGAGUCCAGCUCCUGAGUCCAAUACAUACCAACAGAAAAAGUUGUGCCUAUCUUCUAUUGCGAAGCAAAGCACAACUGCUGCAUUAGAGGAAAUAUUAGAUUAUUCAAUCAGAACCUUAGUAUAAUUCCUCUAUUUUCACAAAAUCCAUUGGCUUCACAGAAGACUGUGAGCUACAGUUCUAUCAACAAACCCUAAUUUGUUGCAGUUCAGGGGAAAUCUGCUCCCCUCUCUCCCUAGUUCCACACCUCCCUAAAGGUACAUUGGUCUUUCUCAAAGAAUUUGUGUUUCUUUCUCACCAGGUGUUCAGCAAUGGCUCUGGACCUCAAUGUCUUUAUUCAGCAACGUGCAGCUCUCAGCAGAAGGCAGGCAGAAGGAACUGCUUCAUCCUGAAACAGCUGGAACAAUGCAUCCUGAGCUUUUCCACUAAUGUACUGUAACUGCAGGCAAGCUUCUUUCCCUUUUUUGUACCUAUUUGAUAAAUAUUUUUGAGGAGUGGGCUGGAAUAGAAAAGAGCAGGGCAUGAGAGAAACUAUUCCUCACUGCUCUGAACAAUGAAAACGUUCAAAAGUUGCUUCUAGCAACUGGAAAUGGAAGUCCAGUUCCUGAAAGCCCAAAAGCUCCACCUCUAUGCUCAGAAUGCUGUGCAAAGAAAUUGUUUAAUUCAGCAAAUAGCUUCUCCUUCUUUAGGAAGGCCUACUCAUAAACCCAAGGGAUUUGUUUAUAGGAAUGACCAUAAAAAUGAAAAGUCCUCAGAGCAUGUUUGAGGAAGAAGAGAUGAAGAUCUAAACAGAUCCACUUUUCUGUUCCUGGGAACUUGAAGUAAACAUGAAGAGCAGUCACUGGUUCCAGUUUGUCUUUCAUAGCCUAUCUGAAAAUAUGUACAGAAAUUUAAGCAUUCCAUUCUCAUAAAGAACUAUUUGUUCCAAUUGAGAAAUAAUUUUCCUUAGAACUGACAUCCUCCCCUAGAAAAUCUCAGUUUCACAGAAGCAGCAUUUCCCCAGUGAACAAUCUUUACAACAUCCCAAGCAACAUUAUCCAAAAGUAAUUAAUCCCAGAUUAAGAUUCAAGACAUGCUGCUAUUUAGUAUUCGAGAGUAUUUGCUCCAAUGUUUUCGAACACUGUAAGCCAAUAUCACCCACUGCCUCUGCAUUAGCACUUCUUGUUUUCACCCUAGUCUCCUAGUGAACUUUGAUACCAAGAACAGUUGUGGCACUAUUAAUUUACCUACAAGAAAUUCCCAUGGCACCUUUCAUUUUUAAACAGUUACAAAAGAAAAACCCUAUGGAAGGUGCUGCAAUUCCCAUCUGCAGUCCUUUUGGCUUGACUGUACCAGUUGCUUAUGUUUAGACUUGCUUUCCUCCUUUGUAACAAAGUGUUGUGGGGUCUUAAUGAGAGCUCUGACUCACAUCCACUGAGAAAAACAACCCUGCCAUGUGGUUCUUUUGUUUUUUUACCUCUCCAAGUUAAAACCUCCUCCACCACUGUCAGUAGAAGGGAAACAUCUAUAUCUCAGCUGUUGUGUCUCAGAACCUGGUGUUAGCACUGCAGGACUCCACAGUACAAAAACAGGGGGCAAAAGAGCAACAGAAACCACUUGGUCUCACCACCUCCACUCACACUGGUAAAGAUAGCUCACAUGUGAAUGCUGAUUAAAACUCAAGAGGUCCCUAAAUAGAUGUGAGUUUCAGAAUCACAGUGGUUCAGAUGGACCCCAAGAGAUCAUCAAGUCCAACCCCCUCCUAAAGUACUUCCCUACAACAGGUGGCACAAAGGUAGGUGUCCCAAUGGGUCUGGAAUAUCUCCCUAGGAGACUCCACCACUUCUCUGCACAACCUGUUCCAGUGCUCCAUCAUCCUUACUGUCAGUUCAGAACUUCCUAUGUCGAGGUCAUUAUUUCUUGUCCUAUUGCUAUGCACCACCAAGAAGAGCCUGGCCUCAUCCAUUUACCUCCCGCCUCCCUUUAGAUUUUAUAAACAUUUAUCAGAUUCCCUCUCGGUCUUCUUUUCCCCAGGCUGAAUAGUUUACUCAGCCUUUCCUCAAACAGGAGAUGCUCCAGCAGGCCCUUCACUAUCUUUGCAGCCCUCCAUUGGACUCCUUCUAGGACAUCCCUGUCUUUAUAGAACUAGGGAGCCCAGAACUGGACACAGCAGCCUAAAUGUGGCCUCACCAGGGCAGAGUAGAGGCGAAGGAUCACGUUCCUCUCCCUGUUGGCCACAACCUUUUUAAUGCACCUCAGGAUCCCAUUGGCUUUCUUGGCAACCAGGCACACUGCUGGCACAUUCAUGGCCAACCCGUGUUCCACCAGGACCCCCAGUUCCUUCUCCACAGGUCAUGCCCUAACCGUGUAAUGGUACAUACAGUUAUUCCUCCUCAGGUGCAAGGUUCUACACUUGCUCUUGUUAAAGCUCAUCAGGUUCCUCCCUGCCCAACUCUCCAGGUCUCGUUGAAUGGUAGCACAGCCUUUCAGUUUGCCAGUCCUUCCUGGGGCAAACUUACUGACGUUAGACUCUAUCCCAUCAUCCAGGGUGUUGAACAAAACCAAACCCAGCACCAAUCCCUGGGGAGCACAGAUAGUCUCAGGAUUCCAACCAGACCAUGCUGCUGGUGACAACCCUCUGAAUUAGUAGUUCAUUACUUGCCCAAAAUUCAGAAAAGGACUCAGAUUAAUCAUUGCUCCGAGAGCCCUGCUUCACCCCCACCUGUGUAAAAAUCCUCAUCUAUAUGAGAGCAUAAAGUUUAGCAUGUUGCAUACAUUUUUGGUGCUGAUCUACUCUUGCAGACACUUGAUGCUGAUGCACAGAAAUGUAUACAGGAGUAACUAGAACCGAACUGAAAACUGUACAGCUGUACUACUUAGAGUUGCACACAAGAAGGAAAAAUCCUCUAUCUCUCACAUAUGAAAGCUGCACUGAGGCUUGGAAGCCCACGGUCAAAGAUAAAUGCUAGAGCCCAGCCAGCACGUCACUUGAGGACACAGGCUGAAAGACACUUAGACGUGCAGAAGCAGUCAGACAGUAUUUACUACAGAAUUAAAUAAAUACCCUGUCCUAGAACUAUUUCAGUAUCCCUAAAAGCACAUUCAUUACCACACAUACUCAGAUAAACACGGGGUCUCGCUUUGAAAUAAAAACCCAUCAGUUCACAGCUGGAAAUAACAGGACAAAUGUCCUUAGUGUUGUUCCUUCAAUAUUUUUAGGGACAGUUUGCAGAAGGGAGGGAACUCCCUGAACGCUUCUCUCUGCCUGAAUCCUCUUUCCCCCUUUGCUAAAUAAAAGUCUUCUGAAAGCCACAACAGCUCCUGUAACUUUAAACCUGGGCUGAGAUCAUAACUUCAGCACUGCCCAAACAGAGCGCAGAGGGCGGGCCUGGCUCUUCUUUUUGAGACCACCUUAGGCAUGCUCCCACCCCCCUGCUAAACAAAAAAAUGCUGACACCACUCAGAUACUUUGCUUUAGCUGUAUAGUUAUCAUCUGUGCAAACCUCUCCCCUUCAGCGACAGCAGCUAAGGGAAUAUUUGGAAUACCAAAGUCGUUUCUGCAGUGAUUUCUUUUCAUGAUCUCAAUUCUUGCUUGACUCUAAAAAAUCUAUCAGAGUCUGAAUCCGUCUGGUCUCAGCAUUGGAAAGCUCUUCUCUAAGCGGAAAAAAGAUGUUUAUUAAAGUUCCAUUCUUCAUCUUCAUUCUAGGGAGCGUGCCCCUCGUAGCACUUGCUGAAGAAGCAAGUGCCAUUCUAGAAGGAGAAGAAAGUGCAACAAUCGAUUUCAAAGACAGAAAUGACACAGAGCUUGAGGAAUUACCAACGCUGCUGCCCACAAGACUACAGAGUGUAACAAAUCUCUUGCAGUUUGGAAGACUAAUGACCACAGAAAGUGCAUUUGAUGUGCCUGAUGAAAAUAAUAACGCUACGUAUUAUGAAGUUAACACUGAAACUGUUGACGGUGGACUGAAUGGGGAACAGACAGAGAAAACUGAAAAAGGUGGCCUGGAAACAAUUGCACUCGUUGGAAUAAUAGUUGGAAUCAUAGUAGCUGUUGGAAUCCUUGCUGGAAUCAUAAUUGCUGUUGUAAGGAAGAUGUCAGGCAGGUACUCGCCCUGAAAGGAGUUGAAACAAGUAACCAUGCCAUUUCAUGUCAGUACACACAAGUGCUUCUUACUUCAGAAGAACUAAAGACUAUUCCUGUAUCAGUGUGAGAAGAUGAUCCAUGGAAGAUAUAGUGGAAAAGUUCCACAUCUAUGGGGAUCCCACACAGCUCUCCCAAAGACUUUUCUUUUUUUAAAACAGACUGCAGAGCAUGGAACAUUUGCAUAGGAUUUUUGCUAACCAGGAGUUUCCUAGAGGAACAAAAAAGAUUAUCCUACAGGAGAAAGCUCCAGUAGCAAUGACAUUUACAUCUGAAAUAUGAUGUGCAGGUAAUGUAUGCUAGCUUCAUUUUAAAUGCUGCUGGCAAAGAUUAUUUCACAUCACAUAUUAUACAUUUCUUUUUUCAAAAUCUUUUAAAUGUUUUGGCUGGUUAAGUGCUUGUGGCAUGUUCAUCUACUGAAUUAGCAAGGUAGGACAUUUCUUAUCAGAAAGGAGGUAUUGCUUCAGAUAUUGAUACUGAUUUUCUGCUCAAUACUUACAUUAUCAUGUGGCAAAGUACAAUAGGUCCAGCUGGAACUGACCUACCAACUAAAAGCUUGUGCAUUUGACUUGCAACAAGAAUUUCCUGUCUUCUCUUGUUGCAGAGACACAAGGAUUGAAAUACACAUCCUGAAUUAAAGGGUGCUUGGAAAAUACCCAGUUUUGAUGGGUCACUUUAACCAGUUAUUCAGCACGCUUUAGAGCUGAUGUGCAAAGGCUUUUGGAUUCAUGUAUUCACGUUUUUCUUUAUAACUGUCUUUUUCUAACAGGAUAGCCUGCUUGAUCACAUGCAUGAAACACUAAAUCAGAGCAUGUUAGUGACAUAUAGUGCACCCUUGGACUCUGCAGCUUUCUACUAUGGCACAUUAAGUGCAGCAAUAUCUGAACAUGCAGAGUGAAAGCUGUGUAUGUCAAAUGGCUGCAGUGCAUUGUGUUUUCUAAACUAAAGCAUCAAAUGUUUGGUGUAAAAAUCUUACAUUUCAUAUGGCUGACAUGUAUUAAACAAGUCAAUUUACAUAGAUUUACAUGUGUUUUUCUGUUUCUUCUUUGUGUCAUGAACCUUCCCAUCUAUCCGAUCCUUGGAAAGAAAAUGCAAAUUAUGCCAUGUUUCAGACUAAUUGUUCUCUAUUUUUCAAAAAUAACCUGAGAAAAAAAUCAUUGAGAGGUCUUUUAGUGCAGUUCUUAAUGCUCGUGAGUCUGCAAUGACUGCCAAGUUUGUACACAGCAACAGAAGUAGGGAAAAAUUAAGAUGAGAGAUUUGUAAAUAUCCCAAUUGGGCAACAUAAAUAUUGACUGCAUCUGAAAAGCCUUCACUUGGAUCUUGCUUGCUUGAGCUUUAGUAAACUUUGUCUUCCUACUGGUCUACACCAAAAAUUACACUCUUUUGGAUCUAGAGAUCAAAAAGCUGUGAUUUCUAGAAAUGGGUGCUUUUCUGUCUCAUUUACUUUAAAAAAAAAAAAAAAAAAAGCCCUCUUUCCUGACAUUUGAGUUCAGACUUUCCUUUAAUCUCAUAACUCAGGUGUAUAUGUACACAUGGUUUUGGUUUGUAGCUUGCUGUCAGCAACAGCAGUCACCUCCAAACUGCCAAUGUUACUCUAGGUAACACUGGCAACAGUCAUUUUGUUCCUUACCCAGGGAGAUUCUAAUGUAAACUUCUCCACAAGAAUGAGUUCCUCUUGAAUAAAUUGUUCCCAUCACAUCCCAAGAUGCAUCCAGGCAGGCAAUUCAUAAUGAAAUGGAAACAUACUUCAACUUGUUUUCAAAGUCUGCUCUGACAAAACAUGACUGAGGUUAUAAUGCAUAGAGUGAGACUUUAGAAUAGGUAUGCAGCCAUACAAGAUGCCACUGACUUUAAAGAAAGUCAUAUAUUUACCUUUCCAUGCUAAUCUCAUGUAGUUAAAUCUCAGAUACCAAGGCAUAUCCAUCCCAGAAUCUGUGCACAGUAAGAUAGUACCAUGGAAUAAUGCAUCCAUAUGUCACCUCUAGCUUAAUCUCAUUUGGUUUGGCUCUGCUUACAAUCAAAAGCUGAGUACAACUAAACUGAAAGGAAAAUUAAUGAUACCACUGCACAGUCAUGUGUUUACUAUAUGAGAGUCUAUCACAAGUUUAAGCCUGGUGUGUACCCAAUGUCAGUUCUUUAAUGCUGAAUUAGUAUUGGGCAUUUUUGAAGUACGUAAUCCUGGCCCCGAAAGUGGGCUGCAAAUUUUUGUUAUGGUUACUGAAGACAAGGGAAUUCACUUUAACUUUUUUAAAAGGCACCUAGCUUGUGUCAGUACUUUCUAUCUAUGACUCAUACUUUCUGUAGCAUUACUCUUGAAAAGAAGUCAUGUAGUUUAUCCAGUCAUUUCCGAAAGCUCCAAUAUAUUACAUCAGUUACCUUUCAAGCAAAGUGAGGCCACAGGCUCUUACAGAUUAGCACAUGAGAUUCCAUCCCUGAAAUACAAUGCACACAUGCCUAGAUGUGGCAUUUCCAGUUUGGCUCAGUUAAAGAUAUUGUGUUAGCUGGAAAGAGUCACCUUUCACACUAGCAUUCCUUGCUUCAGUUUUCCUCUGUACUUUUACAUUAUGGUACAGAAAGGUGCCCAGAUUACUUGAGCUAUUUUGUUUCCAUGUCCAUACGUACACUGCUUUUUCAAAGAGAAAAAAAGAUCAAUUAUAUAUAAAACUUAUCAGUUUGCUUGUCUGACUUGUAUGAAUCAGCUAAGAACAGUUUUAAACUCACAUAAAAGCAGUAACAUUACAGCUUUUUCCUGUUGUGACAAUAGGAGAGAACAGUAUUUUCAGUUACUUUAGAUUUGACAAUAUCUUGUCUGUACUGGAAGGUCCCCUACAGGAUGCACUUGAUGUUUGAACAAAAGCAUGCCAUAUGGAAUUAUGAAUUAUUCAACCAUUGUAAGGAAUAGCACAUAUGUCAUCACUUCCUUCUGCACCAGCUCACUUGCUUCUAAAUUGCAAAUACCACAAAAUGAAAAAAAACCCAAAACACUUUAUUGUGUAAGUUCUGGACAUUUGUUAUGCCAGGGGUAAGACCCCAUUUGAAAAAGGCAUAGGAUAGAGUAGAUAACUUCUUAGAUAAUAACUUCUUAGGUAAAUGGAGCUCUCCUUGAUCAAAUACAAACUCCAGCUGAACAGCCUGCAUUCCACCCAAGUAAGCCACGUUUUGCUCCUGCUCCAAAAUAUCUCAUUAAGAUCUGCUUUAACUUCAUAUAUUGACUACUGAAGUGUUUUGGUCUUAACCAGGACUUCAAAUUCUGCCCUUUGAUUCAAAGUAAAGCUUUAUUAAUCUUAGGUGACACCAACUGCUACCAGAUGGCCCAUGCUCCACUGAUAUAUAACCUGGAAGGCUUCCAGCACUGGAGGCUUGCUAUUAAGCACACUGUGCUGUAAUAGAUCUGAACCUAUAAAGACAUGGGGACGUGAAUUUCCCAGACUGAGCUGGAGCACAGGGUACCCAGGAUAUGGCUUAGAGAAGGCAGGAGCUCUGAAGAUCACCAUUUCCUUUAUUCUGCCAAUGUGAAGAAACAACAAUUGCUGCUGCAUUACUUUUAGCAGGAGCUCCCUGGUGGGGUUUUGUGUGCGUGUUUUGGAGGGGGAUAUUUGUAGUUGUUUUUUUUUUUCUGCUUUGGAAGAAGUCAAACAGCACAUUGUUCUAGGGCAAAUACUUCAGUGAGCUGAAAUGAAUGAGCAGUAUACAUGUCUGCAGAAUGGGGUCUGAGGUCAGGAGACUUCCUAUGAAUGUGAACACAUCAGGAAACAACAGCUCCAUAUUUUGUCCAACUGGCCAGGUCAGAAUUUUUAUUCACCAGGAAUAGCAUUCAAUAUAUCAACACUUGCUGUUAACCUAAAAUCCUUACUCCUGAUCAUGUUCAUUCCUUUAUGGUUAGUAACAGCAACGUUCCCUUUUGCAGCUUGGCUGUGAGUCAUGAAUGUGGCUCUUCUGAACAGACAAGCAGGCACCAGGCUUCCUGUGAGAAUGCCAGAUGUCACUAAAAAGCAUCAUAAGCAUAGUUGUCCCCUUGUAUUUGGGUGUGUGAUGAAGAUAUAUAGAGGUAAUAUAUGGUGAAAGUAAUGACUUGAUGAAUAUUUAUGACUCUAGGUAUGAGUAGAAUGAUUCAUACAAGCAUUCUUUAUAAGGAACGUUUUCAUUCUAAGAAUGGAAGACAUCAGAAGAAUGAAUUCAGUAACUAGAGACAGCUAAACAUUCACCAGAAAAAUAUUAUGGAGAUCUUAAACUACUCCUGUAAUUUUUAGAAGCCUUCACUAAUAGUUAAGACACCAUUUAAAACAUGCAGCAAUUGUUGCUUUAGAUUCAUUCCAUAUUGUAAGGGUAUCUGCAGUAUGAUACUGCAAGUAUCUUAGCUGCAUGCUAUUUCAGACGUGCAUUAAGUACAACCUGCACAGCAAUGCCUUCUGCCAAGCUUUCAAAUUGAAAAGAACUCAUGUAUCAUCCACAAGAGAAAGGUAAACAACCACAGAGUAUGAUAUACACAUCAAAUGACUUGCCAAGGAUAAUAAUCAUGGUUAAGGGAAAAGCCAUCAGCACACGAAUCUUUAUACGUUAAUCCUGUCACAGCUUUGUAUCACUUCAGAGAAAGUGAUGUUCCAUCAUCUUUUAUGAUAACAUUAUAUUCUUUAAUAUAAGAUAGUAACAAAGAGCCCAGGAAAAAAAGCCAAUAAUCAAGUCUACUUCAGGUCAGGAAUGCACUCAAGAUUAAUGUUUCAGAUGAAACACUAUUCCAUCUAAAGCAAUCUCUCCUAUACAACCUUAAGCUCUGUAGUGUAAGUACUACACUGAAGUAAUAAUUGGCCUAUGCCAUGCCUGAAGACAUUGUUAUAACUAUUUAUACUCACCUACUUCACUAGAUUAAGUAUUAGAUUGGCCAUAAGCAUAGUUUCUCAGGCAGUUUUUAAUCUGAAGUAUUAUCACUAACAUCAAAUUUCUCAGCAUCUGGUUUUGCUGGGUGGCUGCUGAUGGGUACAGAAGGUAACACUGGAUGUGCAACUUGAUAGUAGGUGCUCUAAGAAGUUUGAAUUGGUGCUUUGUACAUUUCUCACAGCUGCAGCAUGGAGGCAUUUAUGUAUAAAUAAACCCAGCACCACAUUGGCCAUGUGUCUUUGUCUAGGCCAUGUGGAUUUAGGCAUCAGACCAAACCCAUAGCCCCCCUGCUUUCUAUCAAACAGUUGGACGAUGCCACAAAGGUCCCCAUGCAAUCACAUGGCUUGUUAGGCUUUUUCAGGCUGGAGAGGUCAGAUUUUGAGACUGGCAAAUGUUGCAGCAGUAAGCAUUCUGGCCAGCAAGGAGUGCUGUGCAUUCCAUGCAUUUUCAAGGUUGUGCUUCCAGAAAGCAUUUGGCAAGGGUGAUUGAUUUUGAGAGUUCGAAACCAUCCAGAGAAGCAGAAAAUGAAAGGAAUAGAGAAGUGGUGCAGCAAAACUGGCAUAAGUCAGGUUUAAUUAUUCAAAUAGAAGAUAAUCCAGGAAGUGGCUGCAGCAGCAUUAUUAGUAAAUAGCAAAAGCAUU